UCACAGCCCUCCUCCCCCGCCGCCACAGUGGGGCAAGGCGGUCCCGUGGCAUCGCAUCCUGGACCAGGGCCGUGGUGGUGGCCGUGGCUGCGCUGCUGUUGACGCCUCCACCACCUCCUCCUCCACCACCUCCUCUUUCUUCAUGGCGUCGGGCCGCGAGGGGAGCGGCCUCGGCGCGGCUGACGAGGGCAUCCACGUGGAGACGGAGCUGGAGCUGCUACCGCUGGGAGAUUUGGAUCUGACAUCGGACGAGUGCAUCCUGGACGAAGUGGACACUCACAUCCAGGCGAACCUGGAGGAUGAGCUGGUGAAGGAGGCGCUCCGCACGGGCAUGGACCUGAGGCAUUACUCGAAGCACGUGGAGAAAGAGCUGCAGGAGAUUGAGAAUACGUCCAUCAGGGACUACAUCAAGGAGAGUGAGAACAUCGCAAGCCUGCACGGCCAGAUCACCUCGUGCGACUCCAUCCUGCAGCGCAUGGAGGAGAUGCUGUCGUCGUUCCAGACGGACCUGAGCAGCAUCAGCUCGGAGAUCCAGACGCUGCAGGAGCAGUCGGUGGCCAUGAACGUGAAGCUGCGCAACCGCCAGGCGGUGCGCGGGGAGCUGAGCCAGCUCGUGGACGAGCUGGUGGUGCCCGACACCAUGAUCACGGCGAUCCUGGAGCUGCCUGUGACGGAGCGUGACUUUCUGGAGCAGCUGCAGGAGCUCAACAACAAAAUCAACUAUGCCAAGGAGCAGGCGUUCCGUGAGACGCUCGCCUGCCAGGACACGCACGACGUGCUGGCCAAGCUCAAGGCCAAGGCCAUCGCCAAGGUCCGUGAGUUCAUCCUGCAGAAGAUUUACGCCUUCCGCAAGCCCAUGACCAACUACCAGAUGGCACAGAACACGCUGCUCAAGUUCCGGUUCUUCUCGGAGUUCCUGCUGGCGAACGAGCGGCACGUGGCCAAGGAGGUGCGCGACGAGUACGUGGACACGAUGGCGCGCAUCUACUACUCGUACUUCAAGGCCUACACCGGCCGCCUCAUGAAGCUGCAGUACGAGGAGGUGGCCGACAAAGACGACCUCAUGGGCGUGGAGGACACGGCCAAGAAAGGCUUCUUCUCGAAGCCGUCGCUGAGGAACCCGCAACACGACGUCACGCUGGGCAACCGCGGCGCCGUCAUCUCCGGCGAGCAGCUGGAGGCGCCCAUCCUGGUGCCGCACGCCGCACAGAAGCAGGACACCCGGUACUCGUUUGAAAGUCUGUUCCGUAGCCAGCACUACGCGCUGCUGGACAACUGCUGCCGCGAGUUCCUCUUCCUCUGCGACUUCUUCAUGGUGAGCGGCGCCUCCGCCCACGAGCUCUUCACCAGCGUCAUGGGCCGCUCCCUCUCCAUGUUCAUGAAACACAUGGAUGCGUACGUGGCCGACUGCUACGACAGCAUCGCCGUGUUCCUGUGCAUCCACAUCAUCCUGCGCUUCAAGGCCAUCAUGGCCAAGCGCGGCGUGCCGGCGCUCGACAAGUACUGGGAUGCGCUGCUGGAGCUGCUGUGGCCGCGCUUCGAGCUCAUCCUGGAGAUGAACAUCUACAGCAUACGCAGCACCGACCCCCAGCGGCUCGGAGCCAUCGACACCCGGCCCCACUACGUGACGAGGAGGUAUGCGGAGUUCUCGUCGGCCAUCGUCAGCAUCAACCAGAGCUUCCCCAACGACAAAACCAUCGCCCUGCUGGGACAGCUGCAGGUGGAGGUGGAGAACUUCAUUCUUCUCAUGGCGGCCGAGUUCUCGUCGCGCAAGGAGCAGCUGGUGUUCCUCAUCAACAACUACGACAUGCUGCUGUCCGUGCUGCUGGAGCGGGCGGCUGAGGACAGCAAGGAGGUGGAGAGCUUCCAGCAGCUGCUGAACGCACGCACGCAGGAGUUUGUGGAGGAGAUCCUGGCCCCGCCGUUUGGGGGGAUGAUCGCCUUCGUGAAGGAGGCCGAGGCUCUCACUGAGAAGGGGCAGCUCGAACGCAUCCAGCUCCACGAGGCGCACGUGGUGUCGCUGGUGCGUGGGUUCGGCUCAACGUGGAAGUCGGCGAUCGAGGGCAUAAACCAGGACGUGAUGCGCUCCUUCACCAACUUCAAGAACGGCACCGGCAUCAUUCAGGGCGCCCUCACGCAGCUCAUCCAGUACUACCACCGCUUCCAGAAGGUGCUGUCCCAGCCGCCGUUCAAGAACCUGGCAGUGCGCGGGGAGCUUAUCAACAUCCACCACCUCAUGGUGGAGGUGAAAAAGCACAAGCCCAACUUCUGAGAUGGGGAGCAGGGGGGAGAGGGGCCUUAUGCUGGGCGGGAGGUCCCUUGGGAUUUGGCUGUUGGGGGCGUGUUCGGACUCAUGAAGUUGGUGGUCGCGUGUAUAUUAACAUCAAGGGAUAGCUUGCAGUUAGGAGGGCGGUCGUAAAUGCAGGAAGUUCAUUCCAGGGGAGGGGUGGGGGUGGGGUACUUAAAUAAAGUUGGGUAGGUCACUUAAGCCUGCUGAGGGCAGCGGUGGCCAAUCGGCCAAGUUCCAUGAUCGUCCACUGUUGUGGAUCUCGCCCAGUAGGCGUGCGGGGUGGGGGGGAGAGGGGGUGCGACUUCUCUAUCCACCUCCAGAAAUCCACGACCCAACGACCACCGCCCCCUCCACCACCACCGCCACCACCACCACCGUCCUAUCCUGCAAACGCGCCGAGCAACCGCCAGCGCCGGGCACCGUCUGUCGGUGGACGGCGCUCCGCCUCUUCACCAAUGAUUCCAUCUCAAGCCGAGGUUUUUUUUUUUUUCUGCCUUUGCGGUCGGGCCGUGACGAGCGCCGCCCCCGCUCUCCGCUUGCGCCGUUCCCGCGGCGUUGCUUCUGAUUUCUCCACCACAAAAUCUCACGCGAUCAUCCACACCCCCCAGUGGCGGGGGGGCGGGGGGGCGGGGUGGGGGGCGGUGACGGGGGGGGUCCAAUUGGAAGGGACCUCCCUUAGAAUUAGGAUCUUUAUUUAGACUGCGGGAGGAAUCCGAUGAGCUAUGAAGCGCUUUUUCACUGAUGUACAGUGUGGGGCACGAGUUCAGCGAGUUACAACAGCAGCACGACAUACAAAGUUUGACACGCAGGAUGCUUCCGCGACCAAUGUUAUUCAUAUCGAAGGUUUUUUUGGGGGUAUAAAUGUUGUGUCGUAACCCUCCAACCACCCGGCACAGCCAGUUAGGUUAGUCACGUGAACAAAACGCGCCAAUUUGUUUACUACUUCAGCCCGCCGGACGUGUUGGGCGAGUAAAUCCGCAACAUUUACAAUUUGAGGAACGCCACGUUUCGCAGGUAAUUACGUCCAGCGUCAACGGGCGACAUGCCAGAAUACCUUUGUUAUGGACAAUAUACACGCACACGAUUGGAGUGCAAGAUAGAGAGAAAGUGGUAAGCGAGUCACUACGUAUAAAUACGUAACAAGUUCAUUAUUUAUGUAAGUCUGAUUUAACAGGCUCGGGGCAAAGGGCAGCACGUAGCAGCAGGACUCCCAGCCCCCACGCGAAGACAGAGCCGCAGCCGCAGUAGCAGUAGUCACUCAACACGAUGGGACACAUUAACGAGCUAUCGGUCCUGCACAGGUGAGAAUCAGUUAGAGUGGACGGGGAGGGGCGUGCCGUGUGUGGGGAGGAGGGUCCCUUGCAAAUAAUCAUGGACUCGUCGGCUACUUCUUUCGAGAGGAGAGAGAGAGAGAGGCAUUAUAAACAGCAGGGUUGGUGGUGGCGGGUCACUUUGAUUGGCUGUUGGGGGGGGGGGUCUCCUUUACACUGGUCACUGGUGUGGAAGUGCUCCGGCACCACGCUGGGGGGGGGGUGCCGCGGUGCGUGCGAACGCUGCGGUGUAAAUGAUUGUGAGCUCGCGCGUUGCCCCCUGCCCCCCUUCCCCAACCGCGCUCGGAUUGUGGAUUAAAGGCCGGCCGUUGUCGUUGCGAUUUCGUUCUCCGCUUUCCGUUCAUUUUGCCAUCAAUCGUGGGGGGUGGGGGGGGUAACCCUCGCCCUAGGUGACACGCGCGCACUUCCAUUGGUCGAUCCUCCGUUGUUUUGCGCGACGCGGAGAAGCGAGCGAGCCCUCCGAUUGGUCGAUCCUCCGUUGUUUUGCGCGACGCGGAGAAGCGAGCGAGCCCUCCGAUUGGUCGGUCCUCCGUUGUUUUGCGCGACGCGGAGAAGCGAGCGAGCCCUCCGAUUGGUCGAUCCUCCGUUGUUUUGCGCGACGCGGAGAAGCGAGCGAGCCUUCCGAUUGGUCGAUCCUCCGUUGUUUUGCGCGACGCGGAGAAGCGAGCGAGCCCUCCGAUUGGUCGAUCCUCCGUUGUUUUGCGCGACGCGGAGAAGCGAGCGAGCCCUCCGAUUGGUCGGCUGCUGGAUCCGCAUUCACGUCCGAAAUGAGGAAGCCACAGGGAGCUAUGCGCUUUCAAAUCGUCUAGAUCGACUAAACUCGUUUGUUUAGAACUGCUUUUAGUGUUUAGUUUGUUGUUCUUCCCCCUGCACCUCCGAUUCGCGUGGUGCGAAAGAAGUUCAACAUACAUACACUACACAGUACACGAUACACUACACAACUACACACCACUAUACACUACAAUAUUGUACACUACACUUUUAUACACUGUAUUACGCCACUAGUACAUUGGAAACGCUUUUCUUUAGAACCGCUCUUUUGUAUUUAGUUUGCUGUCCUUCCCCCGCACCUACGAACUUAUUUCGCAAUGUACGUUGCGAAAUAAGUUCAACAUACAUACUGCCCAUAGGC